AUGCAACAAGAGUUUGUCAUUGAUAACAUCGCCUACAAAUCAGACGAGCAGAGUAUUUCCAACAGGAUGGGACAUCGCCUCAUGUUGCCCGUACUAGUCGCGCUUUGUAUUCAUAUCUAUCUAUCUAUCUAUCUAUCUAUCUAUCUAUCUAUCUAUCUAUCUAUUUCAGACUGUUCAUAUCUCUCUCUCUCUCUCUCUCUAUCUAUCUAUCUAUCUAUCUAUCUAUCUAUCUAUCUAUCUAUCUAUUUCAGUCUGUUCAUAUCUCUCUCUCUCUAUCUAUUUCAGUCUGUUCAUACCUCUCUAUCUAUCUAUCUAUUUCAGUCUGUUCAUAUCUAUCUAUCUAUCUAUCUAUCUAUCUAUCUAUCUAUCUAUCUAUUUCAGUCUGUUCAUAUCUCUCUAUCUCUCUCUCUAUCUAUUUCAGUCUGUUCAUAUCUCUCUCACUUUCUCUCUAUUUAUCUAUCUAUUUCAGUCUGUUCAUAUCUAUCUAUCUAUCUAUCUAUCUAUCUAUCUAUCUAUCUAUCUAUCUAUCUAUCUAAGUCUGUUCCUAUCUAUCUAUCUAUCUAUCUAUCUAUCUAUCUAUCUAUCUAUCUAUCUAUCUAUCUAUUUCAGUCUGUUCAUAUCUCUCUCACUCUCUCUCUAUUUAUCUAUCUAUCUUCUAUCUAUCUAUUUCAAUCUGUUCAUAUCUCUCUCACUCUCUCUCUAUUUAUCUAUCUAUCUAUUUCAUUCAGUCUGUUCAUAUCUAUCUAUCUAUCUAUCUAUCUAUCUAUCUAUCUAUCUAUCUAUCUAUCUAUCUCAGAAAAUAUGGAAAAGAAUAAAUUUAAAAUAUCCUCACAAAGAACUUUCGUUGUUUUUUAUAAAUGA